CAGAUGACCUGUGUAGAAAAAGCAGGAACAGAUGAGAAAAUGCUUAUGAAGGUCUUUCGCUGUUUAGGAAGUUGGUUUAACCUAGGAGUUUUGGACAGUAACUUCAUGGCGAACAAUAAGUUACUAGCACUCCUUUUCGAGGUUUUGCAACAGGAUAAGACCUCAUCCAAUCUACAUGAAGCUGCUUCAGAUUGUGUGUGCUCAGCUCUCUAUGCCAUUGAGAAUGUGGAGACUAACUUGCCAUUAGCCAUGCAGCUUUUUCAAGGAGUCCUAACAUUGGAGACUGCUUAUCAUAUGGCUGUGGCACGUGAAGAUUUAGACAAAGUUCUGAAUUACUGCCGUAUUUUCACUGAACUAUGUGAAACUUUUCUUGAAAAAAUUGUUUGUACUCCAGGCCAAGGUCUUGGUGACCUACGAACUCUGGAACUGCUGCUUAUUUGUGCAGGACAUCCUCAAUAUGAGGUAGUAGAAAUUUCCUUUAACUUUUGGUACCGACUCGGGGAGCAUUUGUACAAAACUAAUGAUGAAGUUAUUCAUGGAAUCUUCAAAGCUUACAUUCAGAGGCUGCUUCAUGCCUUGGCUCGACACUGCCAGCUAGAACCAGACCAU